CUCACACACCUGUCAGGAUGGCGCUCUCGGAGGUCCGUGUCAAGGCGCUGUUCGCUGGACUCCUCUUGCUGUGGCAUGUUGAUGAAGCUCAACUCUCCUCAGCUUUCACCAUAGACCAGGUGAACCUGACGUUGGUCCCUGGUCCUGCGGUGGAGACAGGAACCAACGUGCGGCUGCAUUGCCACGUCCAGGUGAGCCACAGUUCCGAGCAGCGGCUGGUCCACUCCUUCAGCUUCCUGCUCAACCAGGGCCAGGUGAUCUACGCCAAGAACAGCAGCGACAGCCAGGUGGAGUACAGCCUCACCCCCGCCCGCGCCGCCAACUCCGGACGCUACACCUGCCACGUCCAGGUGCUGGAGAAGGAACGGAGCAGCCAAGAGCAGAGGCUCACUGUCUCAGGUCUGAUGACCCCUGUUCUGACGGUGACCCCCCAUGUGAUCUUCGAAGGUCAGGAGGUCAAGGUCAGCUGCUUGUCCCCUAACGAAGCGGGCAGCCUGAUAUUCCACCUGUACGUAAACGGCAAUUUGAUCCGCACGGAAACCAAGUCCCCGCCCGGUGUGGAGGAGGUCAAGGUGAAGUUGACCAAGCCGGGCGAGACUCAGAUCCACUGCAAAAUGAACAUACUGGGGAACUACGAGGCUGGAGUGUCCAACAUUAGUAACGUCGAAAGAGUCACUGUGCGCGAGCUGGAGGUCACGCCCACCAUCAGUUUCGAUCCCCCAUUUGACGCCAAGGGUGACUUCCUCGUGGUCGACUGUGCCGAUGUAAAAUUCAACGACAUACCGAGAGACGCACGUUCCAAACUGGAGUUGUUCCUCACCAAAGAUGGCCGCGUUCUCAAACAGGAAGGCGGAAAGGAAAAGUGUGGCCUGACGUUGCGAACGAAAUCUGGAGAUUCUGGGACGUACGUGUGCAAGGCAGAGAUCGAGAACUUGCAGAAGACUGUGAGUGGCAGAGCGUUAGUGGCAGAGCUCUUCUCAGUGCCGGAGGUGAGAGUGACCCCUUCGGUGGUGUUCGAGGGGGACAACUUCACGGUGUUCUGUUCCGUCCAGCACGUGGCCGACCAACGCGUAAACCAGUCCGUCAUCUCGUACAGGCUGUUCCGGAACCAGCGGGAGCUGCAACGGGGUCAGCGCUACAUGGCCACGGCCGGCAGUGCUCAUGACGGGGGCUACUUUUGCCUGGCCGAGGCCAAAGGGAUCGGCAAGAACAGCACGGAGACCAUAGUCAAGGCCAAGAUGCUGCCCUCCACUCCGUCCAUCAGUGCGGAGGGUGCGGUGAUCCUGGGCAGACCGUUCAAGGUGUCCUGCCGCACCGACAGAGGCAGCCUGCCCAUCACCUUCACGCUCAUGCGAGGUCAAAGGUUAGCGGAGCAGAAGCAGGUGUACGCCCUGUCUGCCCUCUUCAACGCCAGCGCCGUCGGGAGGAAGGCGGAGCUGCAGGAGUUCUCCUGCCACGCCCACAACGAAGCCACGCGCCCCAGAGUCAUCAGCAUGCCACUCUCAGCGCCAGUCAUCGAGCCGGUGUCCAGAGCAAUGCUGACACUGGAGCCCUUCGGGGGUGGUGUUACCGAGGGGUUGGACCUGAAGCUGACCUGCAGCGUCCCCCAGGGCUCUCCACCCCUCACCUUCACCUUCUACCACAGCCCCCAGGGGGCGCCGGUGAGCAGGCAGCAGCAGCAGCUCACCCAGACGCGCGUGCCCGGCACUAACCGCGCCUCCUACACCGUCCGAGCCAUCACGCGCCACCAGGCUGGACAGUACCAGUGCCACGUCGCCAACGUCGCCAACAACAAGAGCAGCUCCGUCAUCCACGUCCACGUGAAACUGGCUGCGUGGAAGGUGGCGCUGAUGACGGUGUGUGUGAUUCUGUUGGUGGCGGCCAUCGGUGUCCUCCUCCUCAUCCUCAUCAAGAGAGGAACCUGCUCAUGCACACGCACCAAGAAGGCCGGACAACUCUCAGUGAAGCCGGCCAAGACCAGAUCAAACGACCCGCAGAGAGUGAGCCUAGUCCUGGAGGAACAGCCAGCACCCAAUGCCACGCCGGGCAUGCUGGGUAGAAGCGUCUGGAGUGAACGCAUGUCAGGCUCAGACUCUGACAGCCAGAGUGGUGAGGAGGACCACAGUGUGGAGGGGCAGCACUCACAGGUUCCCCAGCCCCUGCACAGCGACAUGCCCACACCAACCCCACCUGAGACAGGUGAGUGCACAGCACUGAUGACCAACGGCACAGACACAGAGUACAGCCAAGUACAGACUACUGACGCAGACAUUCCAACACAGACUGAGGGGGCUUCUCUUGAAUACGCCCAGCUGAACCAUAGCGACUCUGAGCCCCAGUAGAAGACCAAACCCAUGUUCCCCACUCCAACACACAGACACACACACACACACACACAGACACACACACACACACACACACACACACACACAAACACACAC